AGUAACAACACCAGUCCAGGAAGUGAUCGUGCUUUGCGAGUAGACGCUGAUCAGAACCAUGGCUGUUUUCGCGAACUGCUUCGUGGUCUUAGACCUGAAGGAUUUACCUUUUAAGGAGAAGAAGAGAGUUCGUUUGGCCAUUACUGACAACGGAGGCACAAUUUCCUAUGUGGUCAACAAGCAGUGUAGUUUCGUGGUGGUGAGCUGCCUGGGCAACCUGAGCAGCAACCGUCAGCGGAGUGCCAGGAAGCUGCAGGUCCCGGUGGUGGGGCUGGCCUACCUGUGGGCCUGCCUGGAGAAGAGCACCCUCCUGCCCCCCGCCGAGCACACCCUGCUCCCCUUGACCACUGCAGAGGACCCAGCACCCUCCAGCACCUCCAGACCAGAGAAACAGGUGGCGUCAGAGGAGCGACGUGCAGAUAAACAGAGCAAAGACCCACCCCAGAGGCAAACAGAGGAAAAACAGGCCAAGAACAAGAACGACGCCAAUUACAUUUGCAACCAUCGCAUCUACUCGGAGAAUGACCAGGACCUGCCUGAGUUCCCCUCACACUUCCAGGUGGCCAAGUACUGCGUGUUUGCCAGUGCUGAUGCUACGGAUGACAGUGGUGACUGGUGUCUUGUAGAGCUUCAGAGUGCUGCAGGGGAGAAGAGACGUGUGUUUCAGGUGGUGCGCUACAUGAAGAAGCAGGCUCAGGUGGUGCGAGACCAGUUGGUGUGGUGUGGCUGCUCUGAGGAUGCUCUGGAGGUCUACCAGGCCAUGCAGCAGCGCCUCACCGACGCCCAGUACCAGCCCAGGAAGAAGCUGCCUGCCCCCCACAGGGACCUGGGCUCCCCCACACUCGGCCAGCUGCUGCUGGAGGAGGAUCUCCAUUGCGGUUCGCUGUCCCAAGAGGUGGGCGUAUUCGUGGAGCUGGUGUGGACUGAAGCCCUGGGCAGCCUGACCAGCCACCUGUAA